AUGACUCCCAAAGAGAUCGCCGCCAAGGAAAAAGAGCUGAACGAGCGUGCCAACGCUCUUGACGCCCGCGAGACCCAGCUCAAUCAACAAGCCACCGACACCGGCAAAGCAAACGCAACCUCAGCACCUAGCCCUUCCACCUACGCCACCUCCAUCAAAAUCCAUGUUCCCAUUACCCUAGACCUCGCUGCCUCCAACUACACCAACUGGCGCGAGCUGUUCCUUGUCGCCCUUGGCCGCUAUGGCCUCACCUCCCAUGUCGUCAGCAAGGACGGUGCUACACCCUCCGACACCUCGCCCACCUCUGAUUGGGGCCGCGAUGAUUAUACGGUCCUCUCCUGGAUCUAUGGCUCCAUCUCCGCCGAUCUUCUCGGCAUCGUCAUGCGCCCUGGAUCUUCGGCGCGCACCAUCUGGGACGCCAUCGAGAACCUCUUCCGCGACAACAAGAAACAUCGGGCGAUCCAGCUCGAGGCGGAGUUCCGUAAUACCCCGCAAGGCGACAUGACGAUCAGCGACUACUGCACCAAACUCAAGGCUCUCGCGGAUGCGCUUGUGGACGUUGGCCAACCGAUCAGCGAUGAAACACUCGUCCUCACCCUCCUCCGCGGCCUCAACGACAACUUUGCACAUCUCCGCUCUUUUCUUCCAUUUCAGGUUCCCUUCCCCACGUUCCUGCAGACGCGCUCAGCACUAAUCCUGGAGGAGAAUCAGAAGAAGACCGACGCCAAAAACACCGCGUCCACGGCGCUCUGGGCAAGCGGCAACAGCGUUCUCUACGAACGCGCUCCUCCUUCCGGCUCCGGGGGCGCGACUGGCGAGCACGCUCCCUCCUCUGGCUACGGGGGGCGGACGUGGCCAGGUCUCUAG